AUGGCCGACGCCACCGAAUAUACCGCGGCGCCGACGCCCAUGGAAGUAGUUGACGAACAGAGCCCCGGUCUCUCGACGCCGGCCAGCAAGACCAAGGGGCGUCAUCGGGUGCUCUGCGGCGUGCAACGAAUGUCCUCCUCGCCCUCGCUGUCCAGGAGCGGCCGCAUGAGAUCUCACAGCAAUCCCCAACGCGGGCGUGGAAAUGUCUCCUGCGUGAGCUUGGCAGGGCCUUCGACCUCGGGAACAUCUUUCAGUGGCGACUCUUAUUUCCCCACUGGAGCGACGGCAUCCGGCUACGCGAGCGCCUCGAGUUCGGUCCCAGGAACGCCGUCCAGCGAAGUCAUUCAGUUCGUCGGCAUUGACGGCCGUCUGGCUAUCCGACGAGUCGACAACGUCUUUCCUACCUCGCAGUCACCCGGUCCCCAGACCAUUGGGCUUCCAUCCGACCUGAGGACCACGAGCAAACCCCAGGUCGCAAACCCGACGAUCCCCAAACGCGGCUUCAAUUUUUGGGAGAACAUGCCCCACGAAAUGCGCGUGCAUGUCUUCUCCUACCUUACACCUAAGGAGCUCGUACGCGCUUCACGUGUCAGCAAGGCGUUCCACAAGAUCUGCUUCGACGGACAGCUGUGGACAUCGUUUGAUGCCACGGAGUUCUACCAGAUUAUCCCGGCCGAAUCACUCGCGAGAAUCAUCGUCGCCGCCGGCCCAUUCAUCAAAGACCUGAACCUCAGAGGUUGCGUCCAGGUCGAACACUACAAGCGGGCCGAGGUGGUCGUCAAGGCCUGUAAGAAUUUGGUCAACGCCACGCUCGAGGGCUGCCGCAACUUCCAGCGCAACACGCUACACAGUCUGUUGAGAAGCAACGAUAAGCUUGCGAACCUGAACUUGACUGGGCUGACGGCAGUGACCAACAUGUCGUGCAAGAUCAUCGCCGAGUCGUGCCCGCAGCUGGAAAUGUUCAAUGUAUCGUGGUGCGUGCAUAUGGACGCGCGAGGAAUCAAGGCAGUGCUCGAAGGAUGUCCCAGACUAAAGGACCUGAGGGCUGGAGAAGUUCGGGGGUUCGACAACCUUGAAGUCGCCGACACCAUUUACAAGACGAACAACCUCGAAAGGCUGGUAUUGAACGGCUGCGCCGAGCUCAAUGACCGCGCCCUCAAGAUCAUGGUUCACGGAGAGGACCCUGAAAUAGACAUUCUUACCGACCGACCUGUCGUUCCCCCGCGGAAAUGGCGCCAUCUCGAUCUCAGCCGCUGCUCCCGACUGACAACCCCUGGUGUGAAGGCUUUGGGGUACAACGUCCCGGAUCUGCAGGGCCUGCGGCUGUCCGGAUGCACAGCACUUACAGACGCCGCCCUGGAGCCCAUUUUCGCCUCCACCCCGCGCCUUACGCAUCUCGAGAUCGAAGACCUGUCGGACCUUACAAACAGCCUUCUAUCCGAGCACUUGGCCAAGGCUCCCUGCGCGCCCUGGCUGGAGCAUCUCUCCAUCAGCUACUGCGAGAAUCUCGGCGACAGCGGCGUGCUCCCGGUCGUCAAGAACUGCGUCAAUCUGCGUGCCAUGGACCUCGACAACACCCGCAUCAGCGACCUCGUCCUUGCCGAGGCGGCAUACAUGGUCAGCAACCGCUCCCGGAGCACCGCGGCGAAGCCGAAGCCACGGGUCGGCCUUCACAUGGUUGUCUACGACUGCCAAAACGUCACCUGGGCCGGCAUCCGCGAGGUCCUCUUCCGCAACGCCCAGACAAAGCCCUCCAUGUCCGAGGUCGGCAAGUUCGCAUACUCGGCCGAGGCCAUCAGCCUCAAGUGCUUCUACAAGUUCCAGAUGACGGUCGACGAGCACACGAAGCGCGUGCUGCGGGGCGACCUCGCCGCCGCCAACCGCCUCGAGCGCCGCUGGGCCGACUACAUGCAGGCCAACGAGGAGGCCGGGACCACGGGAGCCGGCCACCGACGCCGCAGGCGCAGGGCCCGCGAGGCGCAGAUACUGCACGCCGACGAGGAGGACGGCGGCAACGGCGGUCGGCGGCGGGGCCGCACCGUCGGUUCCUGCACCAUCAUGUGA